AUGAGGAAUCCUAUGAUUGGAGUUGUGGGUUUGGUACAUGGUGGUUGUGUCAACUCCGUCACUUGCCUAGCCAUCAACUCCAAUUUCGAUACUAUAGUUACAGGGUCAGAUGAAGGUUUAAUCGUUUUAUGGCAGGCCCAGAUGCUACGCAGAAUAGACUCAGACGGGUUGAAAGAUUUUGCAAUAAAAAUUUUUCCCACAUCAAUAUCUGUUACAUCUAGAUUUCCAGCAACAACACCAAUUUUGGAUGUUUGUUUCGUUGCAAGUCCAUUACCAAACACCCAUUUGGGGAUUAGAGAAAAUUUGGCAUCACUUCAUGGCGACAAUUCAAUUUGCAUUUGGUCCAUGAUCGAUGCCAGAUGCAUUGCCCGCGUUAACUCCACCUUCAAACUUGACAGGCUUGCAGUUUUGGCCGAUCGAAGGUUUUUAGCAGCCUUUGGCCAAGGAAUUCACAUUCUGGACACUUGGAACUUGGAGAUCAUUGCAAAUCUACAUACUGUACAACCAAUACUGGAUCUCGCCUGCACACAACAUCCCCAACUACACAGCGUAACAGCAUGGCCGAAACAAAAGCAGUUAAUUUGUGCCAUUACAAAUGGCGAAUUAAAUUGUUGGGACGUUACAGAUUCGUGCAAAACAAAGCAUUCACCAUUAUCCAAGACGGAAUACACCUUGAAUUGUGAAUUAUCAGACACACAAGCGCAGUUGAAUGAUUACAACAAUACUAUAAACAAAGUGAAGAUACCACUAAUCUCAGUCAGUAUAAAUAACAAAACAGGUAAAAUUGGGUUAAAAAAUCAAAUUUGUGUAUCAACAAAUCUGAUUUUCGCGAUUUCGGGACCCCGAAUAACCGUCUGGAUCACGUCAAACAGCAACAACGAAUUGUAUCCGCUCAUGGAUUUUCUGAAUCCAGAUAUAAAUAACAAUUCUAAUUUCACCAGUAAUUCAAAUUGGCUCUACAUACAGCUGAUUGAUUUAUCAAAAUUGCAAAACUUGAGUGGUAAUGAUGAUAUGUAUUGUAACUUUAUGGAGACUUACAAAACAGCACUAGUGGCAUGUAACGACCAAAAUAAGGUGUAUUGCUACAUAUUACCAGAGCACACAAGCAUUUAUGACGAAUAUACGCGCUUUCAUUCCCUGGUAAAGGCUACCUAUGUUGGAGAGUUCACCAAGAAUGUUUACAACCCAACAACAGUCCCAAUAUUUAUAACUAGAGGAUUUAUAACAAAUUGUAUUGUUAAAAACGACGGAUAUGAGAAUUGUUGUCUGAAUUUCACCGCUAUUUUAGCAAAUUCACAAGGCAUAUUCGUACAGCAUUUUAUAAAGAUUGUUGACGGCAUAAAUGAUAUGGACUAUGGGCUGGAAAUGGUAUAUUCAAUGGAAAACAUCCUACCAAAACCACCCAGCUCUGUAAUUAAAUUAUCGGCAAUGGCGACAUUUAAGGUCAAUAACUCAUCGUACAUCGCAUACUGUCUUGCAAAUGGAAGCGUCUGUUGCAUUGGGAGAAAUGGGAUAAUAAAACUCCAAUCACCGAAGACACUGCUAGAUUUUGUCACUACAAAUAAUAAAAUAACACUACGACAUCGAAUACUCUACCACUUUCAUACAAAAUGCACAUCAAAUGACUUAAAUCCCGUCAGCAACGGCUCUACAGCAUAUGUAAAACACAUACUAUCAGUGAAUGAUCACCUCAUUCUAACUGAUAGUUACACGACUUGUGUCUACAAAUUUUCGGAUGAAAUUUAUCCAGUCUUUCUAACCUCGGGAUGGCAUGCACAUAAAAUAGCAUCUGUUCACCCUGUAAUUGUACCCAUGGGCUCGCUUAUACGCCAGUCAUUGGAUCAUUUUGCCACGGUUGAUUUUAGCGGCAGGAUUAUAAUUUGGUACCUAUUAUCAUCAAACACUUGCCUAACGUACUAUGGAGAAUUACCUUCCAGCCAUUAUAUGCUGGAAAGGGCUGGAGUUAGAAAUAUACACAAGAUUGUGUUGGAUGAAGCCAGAUCAUUGGCAAUAAUAAUUACCCUUAAGCGAGUUCUAAUUUGGUCACUCGAAACAAAAAGUUUGAUUUCAAACGAGUCAAAAUGGAAGUACAUAACAUUUUUCCGAUCCAAAAACAAGUCUGGAUCAACUUCCAACGUUACAGAUCCCUUUACAUCAUUAGUACCGCAGAUUAAAAGGGUUGUAUAUGGGAGCAACAUAAAUAUUGAUGGCAGUAAUUACCGCGGGAGUAGCAAAAACGGAUUUAAAUUUAGCGUACCGCGUUACCACAAUGUGUUAUUUUGCAAAGAUUUAUUCAAGGACGAAUCUCUUAAUAGUGGCGGUGGUAUUACCUGUGCGAAUUUACAGCUAAAAGGACGGGGAAAUAGAUUGACCCGACUGUCAAUAAUUGCUUCCACUAUAACCAGUCAAAUGGCUUGGUUGGUAUCGUUGGAAACCUUUCCUGUAAAAUUUUUGCCCUGUACGCUCGGUGGAUUUUGGAUCACAAUGCACUUAACUCUUUCAAUUGCCCAGCGUUACAAAGAAAAAUGCGAGCAACGCAGAAUUUUGGAGACUCCUGAUAUCAGACUAUCUAUUUACAGCGUCAGAUCUAGUCAUUUAUGCAACUUAUUGGAUCUAUCUCAUACCCCUUAUAAUUUGUAUAAGACCACAAAAGAGUACUUUGGCAAAUUAUAUAAUACCGUACAAUUAGGACCUGAUAUCGAUCGUAUUUGGUUGCUGGGCCAUUAUGUUUUAAUCGGUUCUCUACCUGGACAGACUAUUGACUUGAUAAUCAUGGGAAGGAAGGCAGAGCAUCUCCUCCGUAAAUUAUUUUCAAGCUUCAAUGACACCUUGAGUGUCCAUGCAAUGGCGCUUCUAUUGGGAAUAAUAAUGACUACUCGAUUUUACAUCCAAAAAUUGAAGGUUUUAUCCUACCCCCCGUCGAUUUACGUCAUUGACAAAUGGACAUACAAUUAUCUAUUGACUCACAAAAUCCAAGACAAAUUACUGGUAUCCGAUAUGGAGAAAAUGGAGAUAAUAACAAUCACGGAAGAGGAUGCAGAAAAUUUGAAGAAAUUGCCGAGAACCGACUCAUUUAGAAGCAAAAAAACAAUUUCAACUGGAGCUCUGCAUGCGGGAUUGACACCACAAUUCCCAAUAACAGACCUUGCCUGUAUGCUACUAUCUAUUCUUGUAUAUGAAAAGCCCGUUAUUGCAUCUAAUACAUUUGCAUACAUAGACAACCCCGCUACUACAUUUGGGUCUCCAUGCGAUACCGGUAAUAGUAAUAGGGUAUUUUUAGGCGAAGAGAUUUUCAUUAUCGCUGUACGAUUGUUGGGAUGCAAGAUAUUUUGUUACACAGAAUGCUUUAACCGCCUACCACCUACAAUUCCCCCAUUCAAUGGGUUUGUGAAGAUUAAUCAUAUGGAAUUAUUUACACGCCUACUAACCUGCCUGUUCCCGCUAUUACCAUUUGGUUCCUGCGGUGGAUUAGCUGGCAAUAUUGUGAAUAAUGUGAUGUUAGGAUACCCUCACACGAUAAUUGGCAUCAAGAAUGAGUUCAAACGCAUUAUAACGGCGUCUGCAAUACAUUCCCCCGACACGCUGUCAAAUUCAUUGCAUUUUGCCCAGCUCAGCAGUCAUUUUGUUGCCGAAAUCAUCCACCACCUUCUGGCACAUGAUCUGAUACGGCCUGAAACUCUGCAUUUAUACGCCUACUAUAUAGUUACUACAUUGACUACUGGAAAGGAAAUUAAGAAAUUUUUGUUUGGUUUUCCCAUGAUAUCUCUGCACGGUGAUGUCAUUGCCUUCGGGUACACCAACGGUAAUAUCCACCUUUACAACACUUGCAAUGGCCAAUUAAUAAAGGAACUUUUUGCCCAUGACUCUGCAGUAGCAUGUUUGGUGCUGGAUUCAUCUGGUGAGAACAUAGCGGCUUACCAACAUCAGGAACCGGCCCUGCACGUGUGGAAGGUGUCAAGUUACAACUUUUUCAAAAGUUUCACCGCCUCAACAAGCAUGCACCGGAAGUUGGAGCUGAAGAGAUUGCAGGGUGACUUUAAUGAAGGGCUGGAGGGAGUGAAGAUACAGUUUAAGUCCAAGGAUGAGUGGUUUUUGCACAGAGAGGAUGGACGGGCCUAUAUUGUAAGGGGGUGA